UUAGAUGUCAUGCAUAUUGAGAAGAACUUCUUCGAUAAUCUGAUGAACACAGUCCUUAACAUCCAAGGUAAAACGAAGGAUAAUUUGAAGUCAAGGUUGGAUUUAGUCGAUAUUUGUGAUCGUUCUGAACUUCACGUUGAUGAGAACGGUACGGCCCCUUUUCCCAUUUAUCGGCUAGAUGGUGCUAGAAAAGAAGAGUUCUUUGAUUGGAUUACAGAGAAAGUGAAAUUUCCUGACGGAUAUGCAUCAAAUUUGGGGAACUGCGUUGAUAGAAGCGAAGGAAAGUUUACUGGCUUGAAGAGUCAUGAUUGUCAUGUAAUUAUGCAGCGCCUCCUUCCGUUUGCCUUUUCAGCAUUAUUGCCACGUAAUGUUCAUGAAACAAUUGCAGGGAUUAGUGUUUUCUUCCGCGACUUAUGCAGCAGAGUAGUGACUGAAGAGGGUAUUAAUAAUUUGAAGACAAACGCACCAGUCAGCAUGUGCAACCUUGAGAAGAUAUUUCCUCCAUCAUUCUUUGAUGUAAUGGAACAUCUUGCUAUUCAUCUCGCAAGAGAAUUGGAACUUGGUGGUCCUGUGCAGUACAGAUGGAUGUAUAUUUUUGAGCGUUAUAUGCAUCAUCUGAAGAAGAUGGUCAAAAAUCAAAGCAGGGUGGAAGGAUCUAUAGUGGCACAGGUGAUCAAUGAAGAAACUGCAAUCUUUGCUGAAAAUUAUUUUCCACCAGUUCAUUCGCGGCGGAAACUUCAAUAUUAUGAUCCCUUCAUUCUUGCUUCGCAAGCUGAUCAGGUAUGCUACAUCAGUUACCCUCGGGUGACAUACAGAGACGAUCCAUGGGUCACUGUAACGCAAAUCAACCCAAGAGGACGAGUGGAUGGAACUUCUGUUAAUGAACCUUUACAACCAGACUCUACCAGCAACUUGAGGGCAGUUGAAGAUUUGGCAGAUGUUGAACUCGUUGAGAAUUUUACCGAGUUUGGACUUGAUGCUGUUGUACAUUCAGAGGACGAAGCUGAGGUCCGAGGAAGCACGCAAUUCCGCAUCCCGUCGUUCUGCACCCCGUGGCGGCCGAGGUUUGACAAGUCGAGCAAUGGCAUUAGCAGGAGCAUCAACAAUAUGAUGUAUUCCAUGCUCCAUACCGGAUAUUCGAAGUGGAGUGUGAUUCCUCGCGACGACCGGGAGUUGUGGUUUCGUCAGUUUGCGCAAGAGUUCACUUGGGAGUCCGGUCUCACGGAAACAGUCCGUCAGAAAUUCAACGAAAAGGCCAUGGACUCUUAUACGAAGCAGAUCAACGCUUGGAAGACAGUAUGGCAGAAGAACAAGAGGCCACGGUACAUCAACGGGACGGUUUGGGAGCAGUUGAUAGUCCAUUGGGAGAAGAACGACACUGCAGCGACGUCUCUUAAUAACUCCAAGAACCAGAAGAGCGAUCGUGGCGAAAAAGGUAUGUAUGUGCACAACCUCGGCGCUUGCUCUAUGUCUUCUAAGGAGGAUCAACUUAUUGAAGCAAAUGACGGUAAUCCCGUUGAUCGUCUUCAACUUAUUAAGGAGGCUCACACUAACAAGAAGACGGGUCAAAUUCAGGACGCCGUGAUCAGAUCCGUCGUUGACUUGGUGGAAACUUAA